AUGUCAGAAGGUCAGUACUCGUUCAGCCUCACGACCUUCUCGCCGAGCGGGAAGCUGGUGCAAAUUGAAUAUGCGUUGAACCGCGUGCAGCAAGGAGCCCCCGCCCUGGGCAUUAAGGCCAGGAACGGGGUGGUUCUAGCAGCAGAAAAAAAACUUCCCACGCCUCUGCUUGAGGGUGAAACUAUUAGCAAAGUGGACAACUUCACACCCUCAGUUGGAUGCGUGUUCGCCGGAAUGCCAGCGGACUUCCGUGUGGUGCUCAAGAAAGGCAGGAAGGAAGCAGCCGCGUAUGAGCUGUACUACAAAACCCCCAUGCCCACGAAUCAGCUGGUGCAGGGAGUGGCCUCCGUGAUGCAAGAAUACACCCAAAGCGGGGGAGUCCGCCCGUUUGGAAUUUCUCUGCUGGUUGCAGGGUACGACGAUUUCGGGCCACAGCUCUAUCAAGUCGAUCCUAGCGGUGCCUAUUUUGGGUGGAAAGCCUCAGCGAUCGGCCGAGAUAUGCAGAAUUCCAAGACAUUCUUGGAAAAGCGCUACAGCUCAGACAUUGAGCUGGAGGAUGCAAUUCACACAGCUAUCCUCACACUGCGGGAGGGCUUUGAGGGGGCCUUGACGGAAAAAUCUAUUGAGAUCGGCAUAGUGGGGGAGGACAGGAAAUUCCGAGUGCUGACUCCCGCCGAGAUCAAAGACUACUUGAGCGAAGUAGAACUCGGUACGGCGUGA